AAAGAGCUUCAACUUCAGCGGUGAGGCAUUCGUCGACGGCUCAAAGACUGGGAUCGGAAGUUGCCUAAACGCGUCAAAAAACAAGCAAACAAAAACACAUCAAAGUGGAGGCCCGACGGAGAGUUUGGGCUUCGCUUCUCUUUCUUUCGAGUCGUAAGAAGCAGAGUUAUUUUGCAACUUUCACUCCGUUUUGUCUUUUUCAUCUCUCUUACUCUGGUCCACUCUGCGUUAUGCUUAUGCAUCUCCAUUUCCUGUGAACCUCAUCUUUUCCACUGUUGCUUUGGUCUGAUGCAUUAAUUAAAAAAAUGUUACCAUAUUAUUGUAUUGUAUUACUAUAGCAGUAGGAGCUACUGCUACAGUACACGCAUUAUUAUUCCUAUUCCUCAUCUCACCCCAAACACACCACAGCCUCACACGCCCUAUAAAGUAAAGUGAUAGCCAGAGCCAGAGACAUAGAAAAUGGAGACUGAGGGUAAGGCUCAGGCUCACACCAAAGCUUCAAGCUCCCCCCCCAGCGCCUUACAUUGCUCCACUACUCGAUGCUCCACAAAUGGCGUUCACACCAAAUCUAAUGCUAAAACUCCAAGAAAGCCCGGCGGAUGGAAGUCCAUGCCCUAUAUCCUUGGAAAUGAGACGUUCGAGAGGCUGGCUUCGCUGGGGCUACUGGCCAACUUCAUGGUGUAUCUCAGAAAAGUGUAUCACAUGGAUCAAGUUUCUGCCACCAGCUUGAUGGGCAUAUGGACCGGCGUUACCAAUUUUUCGCCUCUAAUUGGCGCCUUUCUCUCCGAUGCUUAUGUGGGUCGCUACUGGACAAUCGCCGUUGCUUCCAUUUUCUCUUUUCUCGGGAUGGUUUCGAUGACAUUAACGGCGUGGUUGCCGGCGCUACAUCCGGCAGCAUGCGACGGCGGAGGGAAAUGCGAGGGCCCGACGUCGUCGCAAAUGGGGUUCCUAAUAAUGACGCUUUCCUUACUAGUCAUCGGCACCGCCGGAAUCAGACCGUGCAGUAUCCCGUUCGGCGUGGAUCAAUUCGAUCCCACAACCGACAAGGGAAGAAAGGGAAUAUCCAGCUUCUACAACUGGUACUACGCCUCUUUCACCGUCGUUCUCAUCUUCGCCUUAACGGUGGUGGUGUUCAUUCAAGACUCCGUCAGCUGGGUUUUGGGGUUCGGCAUCCCCACAAUCCUCAUGUUCUGCUCCAUCAUUCUGUUCUUCUUGGGGACUCGCGUUUACGUCCUGAUCAAGCCGGAGGGGAGCAUUUUCACAGGCCUCGCCCAAGUCGCCGCCGCAGCCUACAAGAAGCGCCACCUUAAACUCCCCGAUUCUCUUCAACCUACCGACAGGACCGCUUACUACGACCCUCCUGGAACCGCCCUCCACUCCAAGCUCCCUCUCACAACCCAAUUCAGGUUUCUGAACAAGGCAGCCAUAAUUCUGGAGAAGGAGCUGAACCCAGACGGAAGUCCGGUAAACAAAUGGAGACUCUGCACAAUACAGCAAGUCGAAGAAUUCAAAUGCUUGGUCAGAGUUUCCCCAAUUUGGGUAGCCGGGAUUCUGACCCUGACCCCUCUUCUCCAGCAAGCCACAUUCAGCGUUUCCCAGGCUCUCCAAAUGGACCGUCACAUCGGCCCCAAAUUCCAGAUUCCACCCGGUUCAAUCAUCGUCAUGUCGUUCAUCGCAAUCGUGGUCUGGAUUCCCAUCUACGACCGGCUCCUCGUCCCGGCCCUCAGAAAACUCACCAACCAAGAAAGCGGCAUCACGCCGCUUCAACGAAUUGGGGUCGGCAUUAUCAUCGGCGUUGGGUCGAUGAUCGUGGCGGGAUUGGUGGAGAUGAAGAGAAGAAAUUGGGCUGAAAAAUCGGUUCAAAUGUCGGUGUUUUGGCUGCUUCCUCAGUUCGUUCUGCUGGGCCUGUGCGAGGCGUUCAACAUAAUCGGACAAAUCGAAUUCUUCAACAAGGAAUUUCCGGAGAGUAUGAGGACCAUGGGGAACGCGCUCUCCUCUUGCUCCCUCGCCUUGACCAGCUACAUCAACACUGCCAUGGUUCUAAUUGUGCACAAAACCACCGGCAAGCCCGAUUGGUUGACCGACGAUCUCAACGUCGGCAGAUUGGAUUACUUCUACUACGUUGUGGCGGCUACCGCGUUCUUCAACUUUUUCUUUUUUCUUUACUGCGCCAAGCGUUACCAGUACAAGGGCAGCACAUUUGAAACCCAUGAUGAUGCUCAGAAGCCGCCGCCAUGUGAGCAAUUGGAGCUCAUUACCUCUGCCAAAAAGCUGGAUGUAUGAUUCGUUUACUCAUAAAUCGUCCUACUUUUGGGUUUAGCAUAGCUUAAUUAGUUACUCCUUUGUUUUUUCUUUUUUUUUCCCUCGGGUCCAAGUUCCAACAUUAAGCUUUCCGCAUAUGUAUAAAAUAAGAUUUGUAUCACUAGAGAGAUUAUAAACUAUAGAGAUUAAUAUUAAGAGUAUAAGGGUAAUAGUAGAUGUUUGAUCUAAAAAUUGAUCAAGUUCGAAA